CCAGGUACUCCACUGAAAGCGAACUCAAUCGGACCGAGUUAUCAGCAGUACCCUCAGCACUUCGGUAUAGCGCGCGGUGUAGCAGUUUUCAUUCGAAUUUUCGAUCGUUUUUAUCGAACAAUUCAGUAGUACUCUGGUCGUUACUGGCUGGCGCGGGUACUCUACUGCUGCUUAGCAAAGAGAGGAAGCCGGUACGACUUGGUUUUUGCCGUAUUUCGAUUUGUUAUUCUUAUCGCGUACCGGUGUGUGUGAAACGUGGUCUUUUUUUGGUGUUUUUGAUUAAUUUUGGGGAUAUACAACUACUUGCUCAAUUUUCAGGUUUUUACAAUGACUAGUACAAAUAAUACAGCUAGUUACACCAACGAAUAUGGAUAUUUCAAUCUUAAACCAGAUGCAAGGACUGCCAAUUGGUUUUUAGUAUCGAAUCCACUUUAUACAUUAGGAAUAUGUCUUUCAUAUGUAUAUAUAGUAAAGCUCCUAGGGCCGAAGCUGAUGGAAAAUCGGAAACCAUUUCAACUUAAAAAUGCCUUAGUUUAUUACAAUUUAUUUCAAGUUUUAUUUAGUACGUGGCUAUUUUAUGAAAUUGGUAUGGGUGGAUGGUUCACAGGAGAUUAUAGUAUUAGAUGUCAACCAGUCGAUUAUUCCAACAAUCCUACUACAAUAAGGAUGGUACACGCGUCGUGGUGGUACUUUUUUUCGAAGUUUACGGAAUUUUUUGAUACGAUAUUUUUCGUAUUAAGGAAAAAGUUCGACCACAUUAAUACAUUACACGUCAUUCACCAUGGAAUUAUGCCAAUGUCAGUAUGGUUUGGAGUGAAAUAUUGCCCAGGUGGACAUAGUACUUUCUUCGGUUUGUUGAAUACCUUCGUUCACAUAGUGAUGUACUUCUACUAUUUCCUGACUGCUCUAGGCCCUCAAGUACAAAAAUACUUAUGGUGGAAAAAGUACCUGACUGGUUUCCAGAUGGUUCAAUUCGUCGCCAUUAUGGUUCACGCAUUCCAACUCUUCUUCACCGACUGCAACUACCCCAAAGUGUUCGCCCUCUGGAUCGGGUCCCACGCCGUUCUCUUCUUCUUCCUCUUCAAAGAUUUCUACCUGAGAACCUACAGGAGACGCAAAGCAGCAACCCAGAACGGCAAAGCCAACGGUGUUUCCAACGGAAAACUCCAGAACGGCACCGCCUUCCAGAACGGCCAAUCGAACGGAACGGCCAAACAGAACGGCCAAUCGAAUGGAGCGGUCAAACCGAAUGGCGUGAUCAAGGACGCCAGCGAGUACUACGUGAACGGGAUCCAGAGCGCGACGGAACUACAUCAGAGGUUCAAGCAGCAAUGACUUAGCGGUACUUAGGUUGAACAAAAGACUUUUUAAUCAAUUAGCGCGUAUAGAGUUAAGCUAGGGAAUCCAUAUUAGUACCUGUGAUACAAGUGGUAGGGUUGUGAUGGACUUGGAAAGGGUUGAGAGUGUGUUGGUUGGUCAUGGAAUAUAUACAAUAGAGUAUACCUUUUUGGGAAAGGAAAAGAACCAUAAGAUAAUUAUAUUAUUCAGAUCAAACUUUAUUUUCUAUCUCUAUUAAAUGGAGGAUUAGGAAGUCAAUUAUUGUAAGUCAAUUAAUGAGGUUUAUAAACAGGAUUUAUUUAAAAUGAAAGUCAAUUUGUAUGACUUUCAUGUUUCUAAUUCCUUUUUUUAAACCUCAUUAUUCAAAUCAAUGUCAUAUAUAAAGAUCGCACCAAUAGAAUCCAAUAAUAAAAUUUUACGUUAAUAUUUC